CAUCAACAUGAACUCCUCAAAGCCGGACCUACCCUCUCCUCCCCUUCCAAUUGACUGGAUGAAUCGGGAAAACACUGCAUACUAUUCUAGAUCUCAAGCACGAACAACAUACUAACAGCUAUGUCAUCCGCCCCGAAGAAACGACUCCAAGCUCUGAGCGAGCAGCUCGUCAAGAAGCCAGAAGACCCGGGCAUGUUUGAGAACAUACCCAAGCUGCGUCACAUAGCUGGGGACUCUGUAGGGCCUCGACUAAAAGACAAAGUCGCAAUCAUAACCGGCACAAACUCCCCCAUCGGCAUCGGCCGCGCCAGCGCCCAUCAAUUCGCCCACAACGGCGCCCGCGCCCUCUACCUCUGCGACUACAGCAACGAGCACCUGCCCACCCACAAACGCGAAAUCGAGUCCCUCUACCCCAACGUGGAAAUCCACAUCCGGCAAUUUGACGCGGGCGACGAAGCCGCCGUGGCAGCCGUUGUGCAGGAGGCCGUCGACACCUACGGCCGGCUCGACGUCUUCUUCGCGAACGCGGGAAUAUCAAGCGCAAAGAUCUUCUACGAGAGCAGCGGGGAGGAAUUCAUGCAUAUGAUGAAGACGAAUGCGUUGAGUGUGUUUUUGGCGGCGAAGUAUGCGAGCAGGGCGAUGUUGAUAACGAGCGAGGGGAAGAAGUAUCCGUCGGGGAGUAUUAUUGGAACGGCGAGUGUGGCCGGGUUGAGGAGUAAUGCGGGGCCGACGGAUUAUUCGGCGAGUAAGGCGGCGGUUGUGUCGAUUAUGCAGACGUGUGCAUAUCAGCUCGCGGGCACAGGGAUUAGGUGCAAUGCGCUUUGUCCAGGUGUGAUAGAGACGGGGAUGACGAAGGUAAUGUAUGAUGCUGCGAGGACGAGGGGGACGGUAGGGAAGAUUGGGCAGCUGAAUCCGCUAAAGAGGGGCGCGGUGCCGGAUGAGGUAGCGAGAGUUGCGUUGUUUUUGGCGAGCGAUGAGGGGAGCUAUGUCAAUGGGCAGGCGUGGGCAGUGUGUGGAGGGCUAAGUGCUGGCCAUCCAUUUGUUCCAGGGAAGCUGGCAUAA